GGAACAAUCGUGGAGAAAUUAAGCAAAAUGAAGCGUCUUGUGAGAGUGCUGGACGGGCUCACGGCGGGGGUGGGAUCCAGCUCCUCUCCGAAAGAUUCGGAUGUUGUGGAAUCUCUAUCACAGGAGCACUUCAACAUAUGCAAGGUUGUUCGCCAUGGAUUCCCGUUUGAACCGACCGCCAUGGCAUACGACCCUGUACAGCACAUUCUGGCCGUCGGAUCCAAGAACGGAUCAAUGAGAAUGUAUCCUUUCUAAACUUGUUUAC